ACUUUCUCUAAUAGCGAGUGGAGCCGCUGGCGCUGAGAAAGUUCCCAGCAGAGUCCGGCAGAGAGAGGGUCAGGGAGAGGAACCUGCACUUACUCCUCUGGGAAUGAUUGAGACUGACGAGUCCAUCGCUCUUACCUGACACACUUUGCCCGUGGAAAUAUGAGCCUGUGGCCCCUGCGCGACUUUUCCUAAGGAACCAGCUGCUGACACUUAGCGACAAACUUACUGAGCGCCACCUGAGAAAUCGACAUGAUGUUGGAGGAGAGACUUCCCGUGCUUUGCGUUCUCCUGUCAUUAUUCACGUUUGUGGAACCCUACAAUCCUCACCUGAAACCAACGUGGCCUAAUUACAAAGUUCCGGUUAUUCUCCCACAGUCCAUAUCUAAUCUAGACAAAGCACAAUUUGAUGCAGAUCCCAGGCUGAACGUGACGUCUGUGUGUGGCGCAGAAUGCCAUAAAUACGCCUCCAUGCCAACCUAUGAGGAGCUGAGAGAUUAUAUGUCAUAUGAGACCCUCUAUUCCAACGGGAGCCGUACCAUGACCAACGUGGGCAUUUAUGUUCUUAGCCGCAGUGGGGACGAGGGCAGGUCUCGCACAAAGAGGCAGAUAUACGGCUAUGACAGUCGCUUUAGCAUAUACGGCAAAGGAUUUUUGCUGAAUUAUCCCUUUUCAACAUCUGUUAAAUUGUCCACCGGUUGCACCGGCACUUUGGUGGCAGAAAAACAUGUUCUAACCGCAGCUCAUUGCAUCCACGAUGGGAAAAAUUACGUUAAAGGUGCCCAAAAGCUGAAGGUCGGCUUCCUAAAACCAAGGUAUAAAGAUGGAGGGAAAAGCCUAAAUCGGACUAAUCCCAGAAUUCCAGAAAAGAUGAAGUUCCAGUGGAUCCGAGUAAAGAGGACCCACGUUCCCAAAGGCUGGAUCAAAGGAAACGCCAACGAUAUUGGAAUGGAUUAUGACUACGCUUUGCUCGAGCUUAAGAAACCCCACAAAAGAAAAUUCAUGAUGAUUGGCGUCAGCCCUUCUGGGCGCCAGUUACCCGGUGGAAGGAUCCAUUUCUCCGGCUACGACAACGAUAGGCCCGGCCAACUGGUCUACAGGUUUUGUGACGUCACCGAGGAAACCUACGACCUUCUCUACCAACAAUGUGACGCUCAACCAGGCGCCAGCGGCUCCGGAGUCUACGUGCGAAUGUGGAAGAGGCAGAAGCAAAAAUGGGAAAGGAAGAUCAUCGGAAUAUUUUCCGGCCACCAGUGGGUCGACAAAGAUGGCGACAAACAAGAUUUCAACGUAGCCGUGCGCAUAACGCCUCUGAAAUACGCCCAGAUCUGUUUCUGGAUUAAAGGAAACUACGUUGAUUGUCGGGAUGGAUAACCCCGUCUCCUACCCAGAGAUGCACUUGAACGUCUUACGAGUUUUACAAAGCGAAACGAAAAAUGUUGAGAUAAACGCUUGUAUUUAAAAGUCCGAAAGCUGAACACGCAUUCACUAAAGAGCAUGAUGAAUCAAGGGGAAGUGAGACAAGGAAAGAAGAUACUUGGUUAUUUGUCUCGAGCUACUGUUCUGUACUGAUAAUUAAAAGAGUCUAUUGAUGGAAUGUAUUAUCUAGCACACAUAUUUUUAUUUAUCAAAAUCCGAAAAUUUCUCAGUAUUUUUUGAAAUCUACUCCGACCAAAUCCGCAUGGGUUAUUUGCCCUUAUUUAUCAAUACAUUUUCCAGAAAAUUUCAUGUGCAGGAAAAAAAAAAUCGAAAAAUUAGAAUCGUACGAAUUUUUUGGAUUUUCCGCCCGAAAACUCCGAGUUUUGGGGAUUUUUCAGCAAAAACCACAAAAUCUUCAGAUUAUUGCACGAAACUCAGCGCAGAUCAGGAUAUCUAAGGGACUUCUCCCAUUGAC